AUGUCCUCAAAAGACAAGAAAACAAAGAAGCAUCACCACCAUCACCAUGGAAAAGGAUCAGUCCAUCCACCGAAGAAAUCGAAAAAACGAGACAAGACGAAAAAAGGAGCGAAGAAAGGGAAAUCCGGGACAGGAUUGAAUAAAACAGCAUCGAAUGCAAGUCUCCGUUCAUUCGAUUCGAAACAUAAACUCAAAAAACACUCCUCGAAUGAUGAUGUUACCACCGAUGGAACCCCUUUCCUUCCAACGAUUACUGUAUCCGAUUCCGCCGUAAAUCAGUUUUCCGAAGCACCUUCAGCUCCAACUAAAUUCACAACAACUGCCAGAGCACUGACUCCAAUGGGUCACUCCCCAACUCCCACUGCUGUUCCAAUCAUGAUGCCUCCAGUUCUUACAACUCCGCCUACCGUUCAGACAGUCGCUGCACCUGUCAAGUGGAAGGCUGAAGACGUGGCAUUGGGAUACAUUGAGAAGAUGGAUGCCGCCAUGGCCCGUCUGGAAUACAUCGAAGCAUGUGCCUCCACGAAGCCUCUCGUCGAGAAAGACUGUCUUCUGUGGAAGAAGAAUCUCCAUAAAAACCAAACGGACGCUUAUCCGUGUCUCGACUCAACCAUCGUCAAGAUUCCCAACCAACCGGAUGAUUAUGUGAACAUGUCAACUAUCACUGUUCCACAUUGUCGUUAUCCAAUUCUGAUGGGUCAGAUGCCGAAGAGAGGUUUCGAGGAAGAGUUUUGGAGGGCUGUAUUCAAUGAGUCAGUGGUUAUGAUGUAUGUUCUGAUGGGUGCAGAAGAUGAGAAGAAUGACUUCUUUCCGACAACUCCAGGAUCUUAUGUCUAUUAUGGGAGCAUGUUUGUCAAUAUCAGAUUGGUCGACAAAAUGGAUGAAGAGCGUACCCGCUACACGAUCGAAGCUCUCCCUAAUGGACUCUCCAACUCGAAUAUGAUAAACGUCUAUGUGCACACAGGUUGGGAGCCAUUCGGUGUUCCAGUCAAGUAUGCAAACACGACUCGUUCCGUCGUCGACGUUAUGAACUUUGUGAAGACAUCGAAUGGAAGCGAGAAGAUGAUGGUUGUAUCGAAGAACGGGUGUGGACGAGCCGGCUAUUUCCUCUCGUUGGGCGCCUCGUUCUGCUGUUUGAAUGAUGGUUCGGAGCCACGGAUGAGCGAAAUUGUGAAGGCGUUGAGAGUUCAGAGACCGAAUUCUGUGGAUAGUAUGAAACAAUAUGCAUCACUCUAUCUCUGUCUUCUUUACUACAUCAAGAAAAAGAUCACAAUUCCUGAUGACAAGAAACAGAAAGUGGAGGAUGUGACUAAGGGAUUGGAAGCACUUAUCAGAGAGGAUUUAUCGAUUAUUUAUUGA